GAAGUCCCAAGUAGAGUUCAAACUUUGUAGGAGGCUCAACAAUACACAGCUGACCAGCCAUAUCACCUCUUACUGUACUACAAACAUCCUUCUGUCCUCUGUGAAGAUGUCCAGCUCUCAAACAACCACCACUAAUGGGGCGGUGGUCAUCACCCAUGUCUACCCCUAUGAGAACGGGAUGGGGGUCGCGGGGGUCGCAUCUGCUCCUCACUGUCUGGGACAGACGGUCUCCUCAGUGCUGGGAAGUUUCCGGGCAGGGCAUCCAAAAGCGCUGGGAACCAUACAGAUCAUGAUUGGUUUGAUAAUGCUGUUGACAGGAAUUGUGAUGACUGCAGGACCACAAGUAGACAAUAUUGGAGUACUUAGUGGAAUAUUUGUCUGGGGAUCUAUCAUUUAUGUAGUUGCAGGCUCUCUAACUGUUGCUGCUGACAACAAACUGAACAAAUGUCUGGUAAAAGGCUCUCUUGGAAUGAAUGUUGUCGCCACGGUUACUGCUGUUACUGGCACCAUUCUGCAUUCUUUAGACAGUGCUGUAAUGUACAACUACUACUGUGACUAUCCAGGCUAUCCUUCAUACAACACUACAUCCUAUAUCAACUACCCUCGAUCCUAUGUCUGUCAACAGUAUUGGGUCAGGUCCCAGGGAAUAUCAGGUGUUUUGGCUGUUUUCUCCUUGCUGGAGUUCAUAGUGUCCAUCUGUGUCUCGUCAUUCGCCUGCAGAGCUGUCUGCCUGUGUUGCCGUUCCACCCCUGAGCAUGAACGGAAGAUGCACAGUACCAGUCAAAAGUUUGGACACACCGACCCAUUUCAGCAAGUGUUCAUCAUUGGGAAUCAAGUAUCGGGACCUCAUGGCAGCAUGACUCCAAGCAACGCACCUUACCCUCCUCAGAUCAACUACGAGACUGGGAACUACACAAAGGGUCCGGAGGGAGACGGUAUGGGUACAGGGUUUCAACAGAACCACCUGCCUCCUCAAUACACUGCUGUCAUCCCUUGAGAAUUGGGCUUCUGUGAAUACAUUGUUAUUUUUCUUGUCGAAAUUGUGUUCUCUAGGCCUAUUUUUCUGAUACAAGCCAGGCAACGGUUAGCACCACAUUACUGAUCUGAAUAAUUUGACAGUUAAAUAUUGAUAGUGUAUAGUAAUGCAAUGUUUCAGUAUAAUGUUUAGGUUACUAUAUGGUUGAUUUUAUAACUUCAUGUUUUUGUCAUUUCUAUCUUUUUUUAAUUGAUAUAAUUUAAUCAUAAUUUAUUUUGUAAAAGUAUAAUAGAUUUAUCAACUAAAAUCAACCACUGCUAUAUGACAAAAUAUGUUGCAUCAUUUUUAAUAACACACAAAUGCAUAUUUAACUUAAUGUCUUGAAACAAUAAAACUGACAGAAUUUUG